AUGAGCCAGCUCGCCCGAACUACACAGGGCGCUGCUCCAAUGACUCCGCGAACUCCCAGCUCUGCGCCUGCGACACCAUCUGUCCUGACGGAAGAAGAGUCUACACCCGGCCGGUGGAAGCAUCCCCAGUUCGACGAGAUUGCCCGCCGCCAAUAUGCCACCACCUUUGACGAGCGCAAUGUGAAGAUGAUUGUCACAAACGGCUCGCUUCUGGUCGGUACCUUUGUCGCCCCGGCUGUCAUCUCGCAAAUAACCCUGCUGCGGACGCUCUCUAAACCCGUCUUGGGCCUUCUACACCAGCUCCCCUACAACGGCGAUGAGUGGACACUCUUUCUGUUUCGUCUCAUCUUCCUCGCCAACCUCGUUCGUGCCUUUAUGCCCCUAGCGCGCCGCUACUUUCCCGACGACAUCGCCGACAUCCCUCUCACACCCUCACAACGGCUUGCCAUGGGCUUGAAACCGGGCAUUUCCCCGCGAUCCCCAGCUUCCGGGUACGCCUCCUCGCCAAACUACGUGACGCCUCCGCGCUACCAGAAGUCGACCCCUCGGAGUAGCUUCGGCGCUCAGGGUUCGCAGUCGCCGCUGUCUGGCAGCCCGCGCGCAAGCCUUGGGAUGUCGACUUCAAACUCGCCAUUCUCUCCUAGCACAGGAAGCCCGCUCUUCCAGAAAGCAGUCAAUGGUGGAUCGGCGACAAAGAGGAUGAGCUUCGGAGGAUCAACACCCGGCAGCAGCUUUUUUGGAGAAAGUAGCUCCAGUGCAACACCAAGCACGCCAACGCCGAGCACAGGAAAGGCGAGUGUGGGGUUGAAUAACAAGUGGCUGUACGACAAGCGCAGGGACAGCCCCAGAAGCAGCUUGUUCAGCUGA